AUGCCUGAUCAAUUGCGGGCCCACGCUUUACAAAAUGCAGUGCCCAUGGUUGGUUUUGGCAUUGUAGAUUGCGUGGUGAUGACCCAGGUAGGGUCAACAAUGGAUGCUGUCCUAGGGGCAACUCUUGGCAUUUCUUCCAUCACUGCAGCAGCCAUUGGGUUGUUUUGCAGUGACUCAUGUGGUGUCCUUUUCGGCGGCACCAUAGAAUCUUUUGCCGGGAAACUAGGCCUGCCUGCCGCUCAUUUGAAGGUUGAACAACUAGAUUUGCCAGUGACCAAAAAAUGGGGAACAAUGGGAAGGCUGUUUGGUGUGCAGCUUGGCGUUUUGCUUGGUAGCACAACAUUGCUGCUGAAAACAGAUGACGCAAAAUCGCAAGGCAAAACCGACGACGCAAUGCAUGGAGCUGAACCAACUUCGGGAGCGUCCUUCGAGACAUUGAUCAGCACAGAUACCCACAGGACUUCCGAUGUCGUGGUUUUCGCCAAUCCAGGUUGUCCCUCUGGCCGCGCAGUGGUCGACACACUAUUGAACCACCAGGCCAGCUUUGUGGUGGCACCGCUGGAGGGUCACCUUGCCGAAGUAAAGAAGGCCACUGGAGCAGCAGCAUCGCCCUCUAUUUGGUUGGCUCUCAAGCCGCCAGCCAAGCAUCGCCAUUCCAAGCUGCACAAAAAGGACCCCGCAGCCAAGAUGACCUCAGCACGAUGGGGCAAAAAGUGGGCGGACCUCGAUGAUGAGGAAGAGACGGCUAUGCAGAAUACAGAUGGGCGGUUCGAAACAGCAGCCGACAAGGAUGGAAUCAGAACCAUCAUGGAGUACGUCGACAAGGCUGGGGUGACCUACAGGGUGACCAAGAAGGUCAAGGAAACCGUCACGACAAAAUGGACCAAUCGAUCGAUGCAGGCUCGGAAAAACCUGCAAAAAUUUGGCAAAGCUGCAACAAAUCCUGAAGCCGACGAGAAAACCUUGUGCAUGAAGAGCGUUGAAGAAAUUCAGAUUGAAUCUGCAAAAAAAGAUCCAUGUGGAUCUCUCGCAGAAAGACGACGCCGAAGAGAAGUUUUUUGAGGAGAGCCUGACCAUCACGGAGAGCCUCUUGAAGGAGAAGAAGGUCUGGACAGACCUAAACAAGGAAUCAAAGGAGGUUGGCAUUGGAGAGGAUGACAAGAAAGAAACAGCAGAGGCAACCACGGCGCCAGCAACAGGAGCGCCUGGUAAAUACGUCCCACCAAGUUUGCGAAAUGCAGGUGAUGGGAAGGGCAAAGGGAAAGGUAAAGUAGGUGAGUACCAGGGCCAGCAGGACGCAACUUUGCGGGUCUUCAACUUGUCGGAUGAUGUGAAGGAAGGUGAUUUGCAGGACCUCUUUGGACAGUGUGGCCGGCUUCAGCGUGUCUUUUUGGCCAAAGACAUGAACACCUUUCAAUCCAAGGGUUUUGCCUUCAUCACAUACUACAAUAGAGAAGAUGCCCAGAGGGCUAUCGAUCGCCUCAAUGGGCAUGGCUAUGACAAUCUCAUCAUGAAGGUGGAGUGGGCCAAACCCCGAAACUGAGAACUGAGUGCAUCCUGAGUGCGUUGGAGCCAUCUGCGGAGUGUAAGUCGAGCCAGCAUGCAAGUUGAAACUAUG